UCUAAACUCCGACUCUACACUUGGUUCUUCUCUCUCUCUCUCAACUUUUUUUUAAAACUAUUUCUCUGCAUCAUCAAAUCUUUCUACAGAGAGAGAAAGAAAGAGAGAAAUUGACAAUGGCGGUGUCUAGGAAAUGGGCUUUUGUGUUUUCUGCUGUGCUUCUGUUGUUGUUCGUUGGUGUAAUGCCUACUACUUCAGGAACCAAUGGUGGGAUCUCUGCUCUUACCAGGAGUGUGGAAACAGAGAAGGUACAGAGCUCAAGCAACACAACUAUGGCGGCCAGGUCUCAAGAAGAGGCGGAUGCAUUAAAUGAGAAAGCAGUUGCCGAUAACCCUGAAGAGGUUGUUUCAAUGGUUGAGAUGAGCAUCCGCAACAGUACUGAAAGGAGGAGACUUGGUUACUUCUCUUGUGGAACAGGCAAUCCUAUUGAUGAUUGCUGGCGUUGUGACCCCAAUUGGCAGAAGAACCGCAAGCGCCUUGCUGACUGUGGCAUUGGUUUUGGAAGAAAUGCUAUUGGUGGCCGUGAUGGUCGCUUCUAUGUUGUUACUGAUCCUAGUGAUAAUGACCCUGUGAACCCAAGGCCUGGUACUUUGCGCCAUGCUGUGAUCCAGGACGCUCCUCUAUGGAUUGUGUUCAAAAGGGACAUGGUGAUUCAAUUGAAGCAGGAACUUAUCAUGAACAGCUUUAAGACAAUUGACGGCCGUGGGGUCAAUGUUCACAUCGCUAAUGGAGGGUGCAUUACCAUCCAAUUUGUUACCAAUGUGAUCAUUCAUGGAUUACACAUUCAUGAUUGCAAGCCCACUGGCAAUGCUAUGGUGCGGAGCUCGCCUUCUCACUACGGAUGGAGGACAAUGGCUGACGGUGAUGCCAUCUCUAUUUUUGGAUCAAGCCACAUUUGGGUUGAUCACAAUUCGCUUUCUAAUUGCGCUGAUGGUCUGGUUGAUGCUGUCAUGGGUUCUACUGCCAUUACCGUCUCCAACAACCACUUCACCCACCAUAAUGAGGUAAUGCUAUUGGGCCAUAGUGACUCUUACACCAGAGACAAGCAAAUGCAAGUGACCAUUGCGUACAACCAUUUUGGAGAGGGACUGAUCCAGAGAAUGCCAAGGUGUAGACACGGGUACUUCCAUGUGGUGAACAAUGAUUACACUCACUGGGAAAUGUAUGCCAUCGGUGGCAGUGCAGAACCCACCAUCAACAGCCAGGGCAACAGAUAUAAUGCUCCAGUCAACCCUUUUGCAAAGGAGGUGACGAAGAGGGUAGAUACAGCCGCGGGCUAUUGGAAAAACUGGAAUUGGAGGUCAGAGGGAGACCUGCUGCUGAAUGGUGCUUACUUCACUCCAUCUGGAGCUGGAGCUUCGUCUAGCUAUGCUCGCGCUUCAAGCUUGGGUGCCAAGUCUUCGUCCAUGGUCGGGGCAAUGACUGCUAAUGCUGGUGCUCUUGGCUGCCGCAGGGCCCGCCAGUGCUAGUCUUUUCACUCAAAUUUAAAAAAUUGGCCAAAAAAGGCCAAUUAGUUUUCUCUUAUUUAUAAUUUCUUACACCUAUACAGUCCUCCUCCUGCUACUGUUUCUCAUGUCUCAGCCAUUGUUUGUCCUGUCUAUCUGCAUUCACCAAUCACAUAUAUUGGCAAGUGUACAUUUUUUACACAUGUCAUUGUAUUGUCACACCCACACUCUCCAUCCCAGUUUGCCUCUGUUAUUUCUCAACCUCGGCCUGCUUCAGUUCAAAAACAAUUCCUCACACCAUUAUUCCAGGAGCAGGUGCAGAAGCGUUGUUCAUUUGAUUUCCUUUACCCUCCUUUCCCCCCACCUUUCUUUUGCCCUUUCCAGUUUCACAUUUCCUUUCCUUCUAACUACCAGUCAUGCAUCUAUCUUUCUGUGUCGGUCUCUGUCGGUCUCCACAUACUGUCAAGUCUUUAGAGUCUAUAGGAUUUGAAUGAUUUGUGAUCUUUUUUUAAUUUUAUUUGUGUAGUGAUACAAGCAAGCAAUACUACGGAUUUCAAAUUUGAGUCAAUGGAAAGAAAGAAAAAACUUUGUCACGGACAAUGCAUAGAAAUAGCAACGAUGUUCUUUA